AUGCAGGCUGACAGCUCUCUACGAGCCAUCACCAAUCGCCUCAGCGUGACGCCAGUCGAAGAUCUGCCUCGAAUCUGCGGCUUUCUCGCCAAUCAGCUGGCCAACUGUUCACUCGAAUCGCAAUUCUCCGGCCUCAAGGGUAGCAGCUCGUCUGUCACCACCCACAAGCUGAAGACACGGAUUGGUUCUCUGCUCCAAGACAGAUCUGCAUCUGGGCGACUGGCUGCUGCAGUCCUUAUCAAGGCGGUCGUCGAGCAUGGCGGUUCCAACGCAGUCUCGGCUUCUGAGGGCUGGGCCAGAGGUCUGCUUGGUUGUUUGAAUAAACCCGAUGCCACCGAACUCAAGAAGCUCUAUUUGAUUACCACUACCCGCAUCUUCGUCCUCACACAGAACCACCCUCAUCUGUUGCGGGAGGUUACAACUCCGCUGCUCCCGCACUUCAUCAAAACCUGCCUUGUCCUAAUCAAGCCCGUCGAGACCCAAGGUGGCGAGCGGUCUACCCGAGUCCCAAGCCCUUUACUGGACACUGUACUGAGAUGCUGGGCCCAGCUAUUGCCUCAACACGCAACAGUUUUCCGUCCAGAGCUUGCGCGCAUCAAGGCGAUCUGUCAUGGCCUGCUGGGGAGCGAGGAGUCAUCUACUUCGUCCAGAGAAUUGGCAAUCAAGCUCCUAUGCCUGCUAUUGUCAUGCGCUUCAAAGAAUACCUUUUCUCAGGAAUGGUCUCAGAUUGUCCUCAAAAUCAUCAGUGCCGCGCAUGAAACUGUGGACCAACUGUUCAGAGCUGUGCUCGAAGAAUAUGAAUCAAACGAUCCUGCUCGCCAACAAUCGAUUGGUAAACAAGAUUUCUCCCACGAACCACAUCUUGUCGGGCCUGAUUCAACUGGGCUGGAGCCAUGGACUGGCAUCUAUCAGGGGAGCUUGAGACUUUCAACAUUGCUGGCCUGGCUCGGAAGUCUCCUUUCAACACCUGAAUCUCAGACUGUGGGCGUUCCGGUGGGUAGAAUCGUUGACCUCACCGCACGGAUUGCGGCAGUGACUGUCCCGACAAGCCCUGAGCCCUUGAAAUACCAUAAAGAAGCAAGUAGGGAGGAGAAGGAAGAACUCAGAAUGAAUCUUCCGCUCCUCCAUGUGUCUUGUCUGCGUCUGCUGCAUAUCAUGUGCACAACUUAUGGGCAGGCCCUACUGUCCAUAUAUCGAACCAUGGCCAGUCAAGCUGCAGCUUUGCUCCAAGCCUUACCCGACCAGGAAGGAGUCCGACAGGGCGUCUACGACAUCUUCGGUUUCUUAUUGGAAGCAUCGAAUCCAAAUGAUAUCGCAUUGUCCCGAGAUGGUUUCUCAGCACUAGUCACAGAAUGCUGCUAUGAUUUGAGGAGGGCCGUGCCAGGGCUAGAGGUCCGGACCAAGACAAAUGAUGCUACAGAGGCAUCGCUGAAGGUGAACUCUGCCCUCACUGCGAACAAUACCCAGGAGAAGAGUGCCAGAUAUGCUCGACCUUUCUUAGAAAGGCCCGACGUUUACGCUAGUGCUUGGAGCUUGCUGCCCAAACUCCUCAAACACGGAUCAUGGCCACCAGCUCCCCGACAGUUAAGGACAGAGAUGGAUAGGCUGUCCGUGUUGCUCGGCCAUCGAGAAGCCAUGCUGGCAAGCGUGAUGCGCCCAGUGCUAUCGAAGAGCGGCAAAGCGAACGGCCCUAGUCUGCUGCCAUUUCUUGCAAGGUCGGCUGCCAACGAUUUCACGGUUGAGGCAUUACUCAGGCCUCGAAUGCCUGUCGUACAAGUGGAUCCAUCCCCUGCGCCGCAUUCUCCACUCCCCCAAGUCUCACCAGAGCCGGAGAGCGAAGAAGAUGAUCGUCAGCCUAGUGACGAUACGCGGGCCCAAGUCGUUGGCGACUCUUUCACUGAACAAGACAGCAGCUCACGUAGGGCUGUGGAGGGAAUUGUGAGCGGAAAUGGGCUUCAGGACAUUGUUACCAAGAAACGCACAUAUAUCGACGUCGACGAGAGUCUUCCAGAAAUUACCAUCCCACAAGAGACGAACGAAGAGAGGGAGGCCAAGCGGCUGCGACCAGAGCAAGGUCUUACCUACGCAUCGACAUCGAUACGAGAGGAAUGGUCGAAGGAAGACGCGGCGAGGGACAACCUUCCUGAAACCAGAUCGGCGAGCUCUCUAGCCGGUGCUGACAGCCGACCGCAGAUGGGAAUCUCGGCAUCAGAUCCAGUCUCCGGUCCCUCUGGAAGGAGAGGACCAGCUGUAGAACCGGAUGGCGAUGAUAGUGACGAUUCUGAGAUCCCGACGAUUGAUGCUGGCCUGGAUACCGACGAAGAGGACGAAUAA